CAGCUUCGAGCGGCGAACACUCACUCGGCCCUCGCACUCGGCGUCGAUUAUCUCACGCUUCUUUUCUGCCACUGGAUACCGACGGAAGCCGGUUCUGCCUUUGCCGCAGCCGCAGCCUCUUUGGAUUUUUCGCUUUGAUUUCUUCUCCCAGCCAAAGAAAGAAGCAGAGCAGAGGAAGGCGCUUUGGAUCCUUUUUUCGUUGCCAUCAAUCAUUCGCAGCACGCUCCGUCUUGAUGCACCCCCGAGGGAGGAUCUCAUCGCGACAAGAGCUGCUGCCGCUGGCGUGAAUCGUCCCUCCAACUGCGAUUAAUCACCCCCGUAAAAGAUGAGGGUUUUCUCGGUGCUGCUGGUCGCGCUCUUGCACAACGCUGCCCUCCGCGAGUGCUACGGCAGCGGCAACUCGGUGUCCACGUGCCCCUCGAUGUGCGUGUGCACCCUUGACGUAUCAGGACGGCGCCAAACCACGUGCGACUCGGGCCGGAUGACGCUCGCCAUCCCCGCCUCAAGUCUCAACCCGGAGACGGAGGUGCUCGUCAUCACGGCGCCCGAAAACGAGUACAACGUGCUCACUAUCGGGCCCAUUUUCCAGUCGCUGAAAAAACUGGAGGAGCUGACGAUUUCGCGGUCGCAGGUGCCCGCCAUCGGCGAACACUCUUUCUGGGGCCUGAAGCACCUCCAGAAGCUGGACUUGACGCACAACAGCAUCCGGCAGAUCACCGACAAAAACUUCCGCGGGCUGGUCGAGCUGCGCUCUCUGCACCUCGACCAUAAUCAUAUCGAUUCCAUGCCGAGCAACACUUUCAAGCACAUGGUUGAGUUGCGGGCGCUGACGUUGUCACACAACAACAUUAAGGAGCUGGUCCCUCGUGUCUUCCUGCUAUUAAACAAGCUGCACCAUCUUGAUCUGUCGUACAAUCCGCUCGGCGAGCUCUACCCAGAGGUGUUUAAGGACAUCAUGGACCUGCGUGAAUUGCGGUGCCGCUCGUGCGGCCUCACAAACAUCAACGAUCAUUUGUACAGUCUCAUCCCUUCGCUGGAAGUGCUGGACUUAUCGCAGAAUCAGUUUAAAUACCUCCGCACGGACGAGUUUGUUGAGCUCAGGAGGUUGCGUGAGCUCAACCUAUCCGGCAACCAACUGCCCGUCAUUUUGGAUAAGACCUUUGGCGCCAGCACGCCCAAUCUCAAAUUCCUCUCCCUGUCGCGAAACCGCAUCGCCAAAAUCACAAACAACGCCUUCGUCAACGCCACCAAUCUGCAGACCUUGGACGUUUCCUACAACAAACUCAGCUCUCUGGAAGCAGUUUCCUUUGAGCCGAUCGGCGAACCCCUUCGCACCCUGAACCUCAGCGGCAACCACAUUGAACAGGAAAAUCUCAAGGUCGUCCUGCAGGCGGUGCUCAAACUGAGGGAGCUCUACCUCUCCAACAUGAGUCUCACCACCCUUCCUCUGGGCGUGUUCGUCUUUCACGAACACAUCCGCCUCCUGAAUUUAUCCUACAACCAGUUCCAGCACUUUCCGGCCCAACUUCUCUCCCCUCUCACUAAACUGAAAGAACUCGAUCUGUCUAAUAACAAAUUCCGGGGCCUCAACGACCGUCUGGUGGACAGACUUGAGCAUUCGGAAGACGGUCAGGGGGCUGGAGGAGAGGUUAUGGCGGUCAAGGCCCGCGGCUCUGAGGGAAUCAUGGUCAGGCUGAAGGGCAACCCCUGGCAGUGCGAUCAGUGCCACAUUGGCCCGAUUCUUGCCUGGAUUUCCAGAUUCGCAAAACAGGAGGGCAGGGAGGAGAUUGACUGCGACCUGGACUCGAAUCACAUCGAGUGCCUUCGCUGUGCCAGUCCCAGGGCCGUGGCCGGAAUGACCCUGAGUUCAUUGGACACUGGCAGUCUUGACUGGUGCAACCACGGCACCAGCGGCGACUACACCUCUGACCAGAGCUUGGUGGCCGGAUUCCUCCCGAGAAUGGGUCUGUUGGCAGCCCUGGGCGCCACUGCGUUGGCCGUUCUGCUCAUUCUAAUCGUCAUCAUCUUCUUGGCAUUGUCCCACAGCAGACACGCCGCCCACUACUACACCCGGGAGGACGAUCGCAUCCCGGGGACGAGUGCAGAAAACGAGGCCAUCUUCAGCAACCCAGACCGCCUGUCCGAGGACAUAGGCAAGUACGCCACGAUGUUGUCCACGGGGAAGUUGACUACAAAGUCGAACGGAAAGGUCAGUUUCGUGACGAUCGCCACCAUUGACGAGAUCACCAAAGACCCUGAGCUGCAAAGGACGCCGCUCAAGAACGGUGUCGGCAGCUGAGAACAGGAGACCUCGCUGACGAUGACAGCGACCAGUUCGUCGGACACCCUAGAGACGACGUGCACCAUCGAGCCGCCUCCCGAGUUUCAGUAAUCGGCGAGGACUCUUGAGAGUGAGCGUGGUUUUUAUAUCUCUGUGCCAUAUUCAAUGAAAAUAUAGAAAAUAAAAACAUUCGGCAGAUUCGUGAAAUAAAAUCUUUUAUAUAAAAUAAAACUUUGAGUGGAAGAAGAGCGUUUCUGUGGCUGUGUCGAGCGAGAGAUCUGCGGGUUUGCUCUUCAAGUGUCUAUGUGAAAAUAAAUUUGAAAAAAAUUAUAGAAAAGCGCUGCUUCGUGGUGGAGGAGAAAAAUACGGAGCGUGAGAGCUUCUUCCUAAAAGUUUUGCUUUUUAUACAUGCACGGCAAAGAAAUUUUUCUUACUCCGGGAAGGUCGCAAAGAGAGCAGAGCAUAUAUUUUUCUCAGUUUAUUUAUUUUCGGCGGCGACGGCAAAGCACCCACGAAACCCACAAAAUGUUUCCAAUUGACGUUUUUGACCUGCUCGCAGUUUGUGUGCGUGAUCGCGGAUUAACACUUUUAUGGUUCUCACUGUUUUUCUUGCGUUAUAAUUACUUUAACGUAAAUAUUUUUAAUCUCUGACGUAAGUGUGCUACAGGUAAAUUUUAUGGUAGGAGCGGUAGUAACAUAAUAACAAUAAUAAAAUGAUAAUUGGUUUUCCGUUUUCAUUGUGCAGCUCUCUCAUAUGUACUUCAUGAAUGUGUUCCCCGCAGCCUAUACUUUGUGAAAAUACAAUAUAUUGUUUCCCAAGCCUUAUUCUAACUGAACCAGAAAUGCGUUGCUGCUGCUGUCGUGUGAACUGUAUAUUUAUCCGAGAAAAACGAAAUAAAUAUGGUACUAAAAAUGUAAUGUUACGAUUAAAUUGCUAUUCUACUACAUUGUUGUAAAAUGCACUAAUUCAUUUGACAUGUCGUGAAGAUGUAAAUAACGAAAAUAUUUUAUAUAUCGGAAAUGAAUAAAUCAAUAAAAACACAAUU